GAAAUGCGAACUGUACCGCGAAAAUAUUCUUCAUGAAGUUUAAUGAUAAAGUAGCUCUGAGCUCUUUGACAGCAGUUGCUGUCAUUUUUUAUCUGCAUUUCCAGCAGUCAUGGUCUUUGGACGGAGCUGUGUGGUCAUAUUUAGGUGAUUUGGCUACGCUGGAGAUUUAGCGGUGGCAAAAGGACCCACACAAACGGCUAAUCCGGCUAACUGCUGUUUACCGAGGGUUCUGAGACAGCCGUCCUCAAAGGCUCCUCUACUCAACCAUGACAACAAAAGGAAUUUCUGCAGCAGUCCUUAAAGAUGUUGUGGCAUAUGUUGAUGUGUGGUCUGCAAGCAAGACAGAGAAUUACUCUGACCCCUUUAUUCAGCAGCUUCAGGACAUGGGUGCUCAGGUAUCUAAAACGUUCAACAAACAAGUCACCCAUGUAGUGUUCAAACAUGGCCAUCAGUCCACAUGGAAUAAAGCGAAGAGACUGGGUGUGAAGACCGUGUCUGUCUGCUGGGUGGCCAGGUGCAAAGAAAACGCAGAGCAUGUCGAUGAGGGCCUUUACCCUGCUCAACAUGAGGAAUCGACUCUCAGUCAGUUGAAAAAAAGAACGCAUCGAUGCAUGCAGCCAAGGGACGCUCCUUUGAGCACCCCUAAGCGGCUGAAAAGAAAGUUGGACAAAAUGAUGGAAGGCCUGGUUCGAUCAUCCCCCAUAGUUUCAGAUACGUCUCCGUUCAUUAUUGAUGAGGAGAACGGAAUAGUGUACAGUCCAUCAUCAAGAAGGGCUGACACCAUGGCUCAGCGUCUGAGGGAAAUGAGAGCACAGCGUGAAAAUCUCUCGCCCACUGCUUCACAGGUUCAAGAAUCAGAACUGGAAGACUCCCCGAAACCCUCUCUUGGAAAGACUCCCACAGAUCUCUCCAAACAGCUACUGGAGGAAGAAGAAGCGCCUGAUUUGUUAGACACGCGCCGGCGCUCCAGCAGUGAUGAAGUGGAUAAAGAAUACUUUGACCUUCCGUUAACAAAGACAACAUCCAAAAGAUGUGUUAAGAAGGCAUCUUCUCACUCAGAUAUCACAUUUAACUCUUCAAGUAAAGAGCCUAAUAAAGCCUCAGUACCACCACAAAGUAAAAAAACAAGGGCAUCAUGCUCUGGACUGACAAAGCAGUCCUCCUUAGAUUGUUUUGUUCAUAAAACAUCAAAGAAUUCACCCUCACUUCCUAAACCUGCAGAUGGAGCAAUUGAAAAACCUAGAAGGUCAUCAUGUAAUAGUAAGAAAUCUAUAAGCAGUUCACCUCUUAGCAGUAUGGAAUCUGGAAUAGUCCAGGUUCCAGUAUGCUUGAAAGAGACAAAAGCUCAUUUGAAUGUAGCUCACUCUAGAAGACCUUCUGUGGGCACUUCUCUUCCGAAGCGCAAUUGUUCAGCUCAACCUAAAGACCUGACCACUCCAAAAACUGCCCAAAAAGUGUCUUCAAAAAAAAAGCCAGCGCCUGUGGUGACCAGCUUUGAGACUAACCCUAGUGGUGGUGAUGAUAGUGAUGAUGAUGAUGAUGAUUGUGUGUUUGAGGACUAUUUCUCUUCAGCCAAGAACACACCAGGGCGCAGGGUCGUCUUGGUAGACUCGUCUUCUAAAGCGGUGAAUUUACCCACCUUUGACCUUGAGCCUCUAAACCAAAAUAGGCGCAAAAGUAUUCCUCAGGAGACCUGCACUGGAAACACAAGGCAAAAGGUUUUCAGUCGCAAAGACAAAUCAGAGGCAUCAAGCUCAAGAAGAGGGUCCGUUAAAGCAUCUGAUGAAGUGAUCACAAAGACAUCUGGUUCAGCACGUGAGUCCAAAAUAUCUGCAGUACCCGUGGUGUCCAGAUGUGAGGAGAUGAAACAGGAGCCUCCUGCCAAGAGACAGAAGAGGAGAAACCAGCAGAACUCAGUUACUUCUUCAGAAAGCAAAGACAGUAAAAGCACCUCAGAUGGGCUCACUGACAGCUGUUCUGAAAUGUGUAGCAAACAAGGGCUUAUGAAAACGGACAGAUACAUGAAGAAAAAUAGAACAUUAGUGAUGACUAGCAUGCCUACUGAGAAGCAGCAAACAGUGCUCCAAGUGGUCAACAGUUUGGGUGGCUUCACUGUGGUGGAUACAGUAUGUGAGAGUACCACGCAUGUGGUGUCGGGCAGCCCGCGACGUACCCUCAACGUUCUGCUAGGCAUUGCUCGAGGCUGUUGGAUUCUGUCCUUUGAAUGGAUCUUAUGGUGUCUAGAGCACAGACAGUGGAUUCCAGAAGAGCCUUAUGAGCUAUCUGAUCACUUUCCUGCUGCACCGAUUUGCCGACUGCAGCAGCAUCUAUCAGCUGGGGAGCACCAGCAGGACCUGUUCCAGGAUCAGCCGCUUAUGUUUGUGUCUCCACUCUCCCAGCCGCCCUGCCGCAGCCUGGUGGAGCUCAUUCAGCUGUGCGGGGGAAGCGUGUGCCGGAGUAUUCGGCAGGCUGGCCUCUGCAUCGGGCAGUACAAGGGCAAAAAACCUGAGGGGACCAAGUGUCUCUCAGAACAAUGGAUUUUAGAUUGUGUGACCCAUCUUGUGCUACUUCCAUAUGACAACUACAUUUUGGAGUGAUGUGACCAUCGCCUGUGGAUCAGACUGUGAUACUGUGACAGUUUUAUCUCAGUAAUAUGUUCUCAGCUCAUUUUUAGGUUUGACGUUUUUGUGUUUGUAUGUUUUAGGACAUUUGUGUUAAGUUGGUGUGUUACUGCGUAAGGCAUUGUGAAAUAAAACCACAAAAUAA